AUGUCGUCGGUUCGCGAAAGGACAGUUCCGAUUUCGAUGGAGAGGCGGCAGGGAUCGAUGCAGGAGAUCAGCGGUAGGAUUAUCGGGAUGUUGGACGAAAUCGAAAAGCGGGUCGAGAACAUGCGCGAAACUGCAGGUCUGAUGGAGCAAGAGAAAGAAAGCUUGAUCGAGAUGUUGGGCACCGUCCAAAUGAAUAAAGACAUGCUGUCUCUAAACCAGAGCGAGAAGGAAGACAUCGACGCUACGACUAACCGUUUGUUGAACCGAUGUCGAACGGUCGACGUGUCUGUGAGCACUCCUCGCAACAGCGAACAGGAAAGAGCGCUCAAGCUCGUUAGUAAUCAAAUGGACGAACUGAUGAACAAAAUGCGAGAGGACUUGGGUUUUUCAAAACAGGUAUGUAGAGAACAAAGUUUAAGGUUUGUGGUUAACUGUUCAGUUGGCUCUAUUCACGUUUCUAACUUGGCACAGUAUCAGUAUACAGUAGUGUAGCA